AUGUCUAAGACUAAACGAGGCAGGAAGGAUGCGGGCCGUGGCCCUCAUCCAGGGGAUGCCUCCAACAACCUGUUUGACACCGUUCGCCGCUCAGCGCCUGCUGUGUCGGUUCGGACGCCUAAAUCGCGCCGAACUAAGUUCCGCAGCAAAAGUGCUGCCGAAAGCGCUAUUCCGCAGACGUCAUAUAGGAAGGCACAAAAAUUGGACCUGUUCAACCUCAACAAGCCGCUUAACCUGACCCACAGGAAUGAACCAAUCGAAAAUCACUAUGAAGGCGAUGUAUCCGACAGUUCGGAGGAUGAUUUCCGCUACACUGGCGACAUGGGUGGGCUGCCUAAAGCAUUGGAGGAGCACAAGCUCCGGAAGGCUCUUGAACGACAGGAGAAGGACGCACAGCGCGACCUGCUUUCGCAGUUGGACUCGGAAUACAGGGAUCUGGAUCUCGAGAAGUUCGUGAAACCGCGUAGAGGCAUGCCACAAAUGCCAGUAAUACAGGAAAAAGUUGUGACACAAACAAAAUCUGACCAAUUUGAUGCCAAUCUACGCCAGCUAAUGCUAGCUCCGCAACAAUCUAAGGAUGGAGGCGACUUAUUGAGUCAACUCUUUGCAGCAAAGGAUAUUGAUGCCAUGUGCGAGCUGAGUAAGGAAUUCGUAAGGCUUGGUAACGUAUCGCAUAAAACAGCCAAAAAGUGCGUUAUUUUUGUAGCACGCGCAUUGAGCGAGCUUCUGGCAUCGCCAUCAGGACAUUUGAAAUUCUGCGAAUGCUUCGACACUCUGGUCGAGUUUGUGCACUACUUGUCUCAACUCAACCCAAGGGAGUAUCACGCAUACUUCUCAACCUUUCUAAAAGGUGUAUACGUGUCAUUCGAGAAGGGAGUAGAGCUCUCCUUGGAAGCUUUGGUCGUCCUGUAUUUCGUUAUAAAGCUAGCAAAGGUGGGAUCGGCGAUGUACAGAGGUGGACUUUUAGUUCUCGAAAAGGUUGCCGAUGAGUGCAACGUGGAAGAUGACCCGCAUGAACGCGUGCGUCUUCUGGUUGCAAUGUCGUACUCAACGGCACUCGACAGCGGCCUGUAUAUGCCCUUCUUCUUCAGCCUUACCAUGAAGGUAUGCGUCGCGUGGAGUUCGUCUAGGCCACACCUGGUAGAGCCGUUGCUUGAUAUGGUUACUGUGGUCCUCAAGCUCCUCCACGGCAAGGAUUGUCAUGUCUAUCCCAUCUGCGUUCACGUCAUAUCACCCAAUAUCGCAGAGCUCAAGAUUCAGUCGCCGAAAAUUGAGAGUUUAAAGGUACUGGUAAAAGAAUAUACCGACGUCGAAUUGCUACCGUACGUGCUGGAUACGUACAAGCGACCGAAAAUUGAGCUAGAAGUGCCGAAAUAUGGCACUGUAUCUGAUACUGAUGCUAACCGGGACUCGGGUGUGAAGCGCGAUAAGGCAUUGUACAGAUCUUUGAAGAAGGACUUUGUACAGACACACAACGCGGCGGCGAAGCUCCGGAGUCUGGAAUUGAGGAAACGACGAACACAAUCACGCGAGAAGUACAGGAAGGUUGUGCGCGAUGCAAUGAUUGAGCACGAGGAGUUGCGCAAGGAGAUGCUGCGACUUUAUCGCCGGUUCUCCGGAGUCGUGAAUUUACAUAGGUUCAACGAGGCAGCGCUUAAUCAGUUGCAGGCGCUACACGACACGCUCGAAACUGUAGAUGACAUCUGUUCCAUCUCGUUUGAUGGCACGGUGCUAACAGCUGAGAUUGAUCCAAAGCAGUACAUCGUGUUAAACAAGCACGAAGCGUCACAACAAAUAUGGUACAGCUCGUUUAACGGCGUCGACUAUUUCGCAAUUGAAGGCGGCAAGUGGUUAUCACGUCGCACCGGCCGUCAACUGGAAGCCGUUCUGAAAAACGACGUACAGCAGGCAACAGGAAAGGCCGUUGAUUUCUCGAAUGCCGAGGACUAA